UUUUUCUACCCUAAAUCUCUAAUGACUGAGCCCCUCGGCGAUGCCAUGUCCGAAACUCGAAGAAAGGGAAUCGGUAAGUGUGCCGCUACCAUGUCAGAUGAGUCGCAACCGGUGUCUGAACUGGCACCGACCCCGGCAUCUCCUUGUGGCGCAUGCAAAUUUCUGAGGAGGAAAUGCAUUAAUGGGUGCAUAUUUGCACCUCACUUUGGUUCAGACCAAGGUGCAGCUCGGUUCGCGGCAGUUCACAAGGUUUUUGGUGCUAGCAAUGUGUCCAAGCUCUUGCUGCGUAUUCCUCUGAACCGAAGGCAUGAGGCCAUCGUCACGAUAUCUUAUGAGGCUCAAGCAAGGCUAUCCGACCCGGUUUAUGGUUGUGUCUCGACCAUUCUCGCUUUGCAACAGCAGGUGGCAUCACUGCAAGCUGAGCUUUCAAUGGUCCAAACUCAACUGAUAAACAGUAGGUUUGCGAUGGCAAAUGCCCUUCAGCAGCAGCACCAUGUUGCAAUGCUACAACCAGCCUACUCAAACAAUUCCUCAGCUUCCACUAACUACAUCAACAUGAGCAGUUUCACCUCCAACUUCGACCUUGUCACUGACACAGCACCAUCUUCUCAUAGCAUGGAGCCUCUCCAUAUCUCACAGCCCUCCCACGACGAGGAAGAAGAUGAAGAGGAGAGUCAGCUUCCGGGAGUAAUUUUCGCCAACGAAGUACUUCAUCGGAGAUGAUUUAAUUCAUCGAGUUUCUUCGUGAAAAUUUAACCUUCAUAAAAUAACCUUCAAUAUAUAGUGCCAUGAGUUCCAAAUUAUGCAAACAUAAGCUCAAUAUAUAUGCAGUAAACUUCAUUAGUAUUUCAAAAACCUCAUC